CGCGGGAGAGACCGGCGGAAGUGAAAACACCAGACAGAGCGUUCAGAAAGGAUUCCAGGAUUUCAUCUGGAUUUAAGCUAGCUCGUUAACCACACCAAGCUGUUUUCUUUUUUAACUUGGCGUUUCAUUUAAUGGUGUAAUUGCAGUUUAUUCAACAGUGCUGCUAAUGUAGGUGUUUUUGACGAUGUUAUUCUCGGCAGGGCAUAAAGUCAAGACUCAGAGUAACUGCUACUGGUAGUGAACCACGGCGCAGAUUAGAACAAGGAGUUAGUUAUACAAAUCAAACGUUAGUAUUUCAGGGAACUGUAACGUUAGCUAGCUAGCUAAGUAACGUUAGAAGUUGGCCAACAUUAGCCCUGUAAGAUUACAAGGUUAACUUGGCUAACUACGUGUACGUUUUUAUAGAUGUGUUGUUUAAUUGUUUAUGUUGUCAUUUGUAUCGUUUCAAAAACGAUUAUAUUGAUAAAACAUCGAUUGUCAUUCCCUGCACGUAACUUACUAACAGUAAGCUCUAACUAUGAAUUGUACACUUCCCCAGCCCUAUUUCUCAUCUUCCCAAUCAAAGUGCCAUGGCCAGACUGUUGAAAUGACAGAUUGUGUCUUUAAUGUCGCUUCUCUAAAGUGAAGACAAUGGAAGAGGACAUCAGCCAGUCGCUGACCCCGCCGGUGUCACCCUUCGCAGGGGAAAGCCAGUGUGACCUGACCCCAGCCCUGCCGCCCUGUUUCUCCUGUGCAUCUGACCCGGGUCGGGAUGACACCCGGCCACUGUCAUCUGACGGUUAUAUUGGCAGGGGCUCCCUGAAACGGCUGCUGUUACGUCUGGCCCCAGCCCCUGCAGACUACGAAGAUGACACAGUGGAUAUCUUUGGUUUCCCAUGGGUGACAGAGACCGCUCUGGUGGAAUCGACCAAGCUUUUGUUUGGCCUGUUCAGGCAAAAGCUUCUUAAAUUAGAGACCCUGGUGCAGUCCAGCUCUCAUGACUUUGGCCAAGCCAGCAGCCUCCAUUAUGAGGCAGAAGACCUUAGGCAACAAUGUGUGCUGUUUCUCCAAUAUGUCAAAGUCUUCCUAUACAGGUACCUGGAGCCCACCUGUUCCCUGGAGGAGGGCCCCUGUCACCCCUAUGUGGAGCUGGAGGCUCAGCUACCCUCUGCUCUGCUGGAGGAGCUCUUUGGGGUCACCCUCCUCAUAGGGCGCCUCAAAGACCUGCCAGCCAACAUCCAGAGUGCCCUCACCAUACAGCACCAGGGCAAGCUGUUUCCUCCCUCCUGGCAUUUGUUACACCUCCACCUGGACAUCCACUGGUCAGUAUUGGAGAUUCUCCACCUGCUUGGGCAGAGGAUGCAAGGUCAGGUGGUGUACGCCCACCAGUUUGUGAACCUGACAGGGGAGAACCUGACCAACAACAGCCUGUUUGAGGAGCAUCUCUGCAACCUGCUCUCUGACCUCACAGGCAUGGCCAUGGGCAAAUACAGCAAGGUAAGGCCUACUGAGGCCCUGACCAGCCAUCACUACUACUGCACCUGCACCAAAGAGCUGUGGAUACUACUUAUACACUUACUGGAACACAGGAGCAAAGUGUUACACACACAGUCUUUCUGGAACUACAUGAACACACUGCUGCAGUCUCUGAUCAGUGGCCAGCCUGUAGCAGAGCCGUACGGUGUGCUCCCUACACACUGUAAAGACCCUCUGGGCUUCACCUGGUGGCUUGUCACUCACUUGGCUGAGCUGGGACAAUACAGCCGCAACGGGGCCUUCCAAAACGGGCUGGAGGAUAACUGGAAUUUUGUGUGUGAGCUGCUCAAGUCCACCUGUAACCCCAAGAGAGCGCUACAGGAGGACCAGAUCAGAAUGCACGUCCACUGCUGCCUGAGUCUGUCUCUGCUAUGGAAACCUAACAAUGGCACUGUCACCACACUCUGGGAGUACUACAGCAAAAACCUGAGCGGUUUGUUCACAGUGCCCUGGUUAGGGGUGUCGGGGCUCGGCAGCGUGAGCAGAACCCCCCUGGCCCUGUUGGACCAGGCCCGAAGCUGCUGCUCCCCCUCCCCCCUUCGUUCCUCCGGCCACACCCAGCUGUACCGCUCAGCCAACUCCUUUCAGAUCUUCCUCAGAGUGCUGGCUCUCUACCUGGCCCAGGAGAACGCAGGCGGCGCCCCUUGGAGGCAGAUCAAGGGCAGGGUGUACUCCAAGUUCCACCAGCGGCGGAUGCAGGAACUAUCCGAGGCUGGGCUGAUGAACUUCCUGCUGCUGUUCGUAGUGGUGGCCCGGCAGGCCGAGCUGGAGGACGUGGCCGGACGGGCCUGUGAGUUGCUGGGCCUGCUCCCUCCGGACUCCCCCCCUGCCCAGCGGAGCCUGGUGUGGAGGGGCCAGCUGGCUCUCUUACUGCUCUUCCAGGAGAGGGGCCUUGACGUGGGGGCCCAAGCUAGCUGGCUGGCCGCCUCCUUCUCUCAGACAGCCAGGGAGUUCUACCUGAAGACCACAGAACCGUCUCGCCGCCUGGCCCUCUGGGGCCCCCUGGGGUCCUACCUAGAGGGCGUGGCCGAGGUGUUUGAGACGAGCGCAAGUCUCGGUCUGUCGGAGGAGAAGCUACUCAACGAGGGGUUCGGUCUGCUGCUGCCUGCCUGCCGCCAGUCGGAGCUGAGCUCUACCCUGGGCUUUCUGCAGAUCGUGCUGAGGGAGUUACGGAGGGUCCAUCAGCGCAAUGUCCAGCCUGGCCACUCGGCAUGUCCCCCCGGUGCCUGGCUGCCUCCUCCCAGUGCCAGCGUGGGUAAAGACCGCCACCUAGCGGUUGCAACAGCUCUCUGGGCCCACUUUUUCCCCUUCCUCCGCAGCCUGCGCCUUUCCAACACCCCUCCUGCCCAACUGGCUGAUGCUGCCGCAGGAUUUACACUGCUGGCCUUUGACCUUCCUAGCUCUGCCCCCCAAGACCUCCAGCCCAACCCCAUCCAGUCCAUCAUGCAGUGCUUCAGCUGGGACGACAUGCUUCACCCCCUGCUAGUGACUCGCUACCUACCCCACCUACUCCAGAACAGUGAGCUGGUGUAUUCAGUGAGCUCCGGCUCUGGAGGUUCUGUGUCGGGCUCAGCCCAGACCCUGUCUGUGAGAGCCUGGUUCCGCUGUGUUCUGCAGCAGCACAUCCACAAGAACCCAGAUGGCACGGACAGCAAAGCAGGCAGGGCUCUGGAGGAGCAGUUGUCGGAGCUCACUAGGCUCGUAUUAAGGCUCCCUGAGGUAGACUCCCUACUGCAGAGGGCCGGGCUGCAGCCUGGAGCCGGCAGCAAGCUAGUGCCCAGGUCUGCUCUGGAGAUGUUCAUCAAGGCUGUGGGGCGUGUGUACAGUGGGCUGCAGGUGUUGUCUGAGCGUUCUGCCAUGGUCACCCGUGCUCUGGACUACACAGGGGACAUCAUAAAGUAUAUCAAACACUACCUGGUCAAUAAGAGUCCUCAGGAGGGGCUGCUGCUGGCCUACUGGGCUGUGGGGUGCGUUGUGAAGCACUGGAGUCCCCUGCUGGCCACCUCUAAGGCCCAGCAUCUGCUGUUCAACAUUGUCAACGGGCUGCUCCUCCCUAACUCUCUGUCCGGGCUGGACAAGGCCUUGAGGGACAGCCUGCCCCUCUACCUGCAGGGUCUGUCUAUAGCAACCAGUAUGUCUCAGUCUCAGGGUGCCUACCUGAAGAAACAGCUCCGGGAUGUCAUCUCCAAGUACCUCGACCAUUUCCUGCCUGCCACGCCAUCGGUUGGGGCCAUAGCCAAUCACCCGGUGCUGCUGGCGGCUUGCGAGGCCACGCCCACCCCGCGUGGGGCGGCACUGAGAAGGAGCAUCCUGCAGGUGAUCAGUGAGAACUUCUUGCAUUUCAAAGGCAACGCCCCUCCUCCCCGCCUGGUCACGGUCCUGGCCUUCCUAUUGGAGCUGCUGAGACGGAACAAUGACAGUGACCCCGCCCUGCUCACCAUGCCCCUCCCCUCUCUGCUCCGCUGCCUGAAGCUGGUCAACGAGCCUCACGUGAGGAGGACCAGUACAGAGGCCCUGCAGCUGGUGGUGGAGAGAUGUUCGGCCGCUGCAGGGGGUGCACCAUGUGACCAGACCGUCACUGUCCUACGGUCCUUUGUGGAGGAGAACGAGGGGUUGUAUGACAGACAGGUGUACAGUGUUCUGGAGACGAUAGCUGUUCUGGACAGUCAUGUGGUCCAGGUCCUGAUCCCUGUUCUGUCGCUGAGUCUGAGGAACACAGAACACAAGAGAGGACUGGGCAAGAACACCACACUGAGGAAUGCAUACAGGAAUUUGCUGACUCUGCUGGGGGACGGUGGUCAGGCGGAGAUCAUCAGCCUGGAGGAGGACUGACCCUUGACCCCCAGAACCAGGUCACCAUGCUGUUGACCUCAACACCACUGGGAUUCAUGUAUAGAUAUACAAUAUGUAUAGAAAUUGUCCUGUUGGUGAUAUAGAUCAUAAUUUAUGGUCAAGUUUCCAUCUUCAUAUUGAAAAAUGUUUCAAAAAAGGUGUUACGAAAUAAAGAAAAUGUGAUGAAAUAAGAUAA